GAAGUGCAAGUGUGUGGAUCCCAACGGUCAUUCCCAUUCAUCUUCGUCUCCUCUAUCCUCCGCCUGAAAAGCAAAGCAUCAGAGCUCUAAAAUGCAGACCACACCUCCAUUCACGCCCAUACGUCCUUCCUCAGGCUCGCAUGCCUCCAUUUUCUUCAACCCACUUCUCAAUUUCACAAUUUCAAAUCCCACAGUACCACAAAAAUCCCCAAUUUUCUCCAGCCUUGUAGCAAUUUCCAAUGGACUGCAGCCGCAAACGUUGAUCGUUUACGCGAGGAAGAAGAAGAGACGUGCGGGCUUUCAAAGAUCAACCAAAUUGGUGCUUGAAUUGGCGUCCCUUUUAGCCUCCAACCUCAAGAUCUUACCGCCGCCGCUGGAUUUGGUCGUCGCGGAAUUGAGCGGCGGAGAUGGAAGUGGAGGUGGUGCGGGGUUGUGGAGGGGAUUCGGCGGAGGUGGCUAUGAUGGAUGGAGAGGUAAAAGGAAGAAGACGGCAUUGUUGAUUGGGUUUUUGAUUGUUUGUGGUCUGGCUUUGUUGUUUUUUACCGAAUUAGAGAUCGACGCGGUUUGUGGAAUUCUUGGUUUUGCCCUAUUCAGUGUUGCAUUGAUUCAAUUGUGGCAGAAAAGUUUGGGGUUUUUACUUUUCGGCAUUUUGAUUGCCUUGGGAUUGAGAAGAUCCGAGGUGCAAAAAUGGGUUGGAAAAUUAGGGAUUUACAGUCCGAAGAUGAAGAGUUUGAGAAGAAAAAUUAAAGGUAAAAAAGUUUUCUGAGAGAGGCCUUUCUUCCUUAAAUUAGA